UCUUCCACGGCAACUGCCGCGCCAUGAGAGCUUCACCGGUUCAGCUGUAACCAGUCGUCAGCAUUGAUAACUCCCGUAGUAUCAAGAGAGUUCCUAAGAGAAGGAACACUUGUAACACCAUGGCGCCCCAUGAUGACAGGUCAAGAAGUCGUGUCGACACCGAUGACUCAAACGCUGAUCAUGCGAUGCACAUCAGGCUUGAAACGUCGCCCUGUGACCGGUGAACAAUCGUUUAGGCAACAUGGGAUGGAGAAGCGGAAGGCUGGAAGGUGUAAUUACGCAAGGAAUGCCUGCAAACGCGGCGUCCUUACUCUGGAUUGCCAGCUUCACCGGUCUGUCAAAAGUGAGGCCGCCCAAGUCAUUUCAGACGGAAGCACGAGGCUUCGCGGCUGCGCUCGGCUUUCGGCCCUUGGUUCGUUGGCUGCAAGCUACUGACCGGUCUGAAAGGCCCGCACACAAGGCUGACAUCAGGCUAUGCCUGGCGUUUGGACCCCAAGAGAUAUAUAUACGGGCACCGACUACCAAAGAGAGUGAAUAUGUUGGCUCAAUCGCCAUCGUUGCGGCCACGAUACGAAAGCGCAGCUUUCGGAGCUCAACCACACAACCCAGCGGCGACUUCCUGCUCGAAUGAUGUCUCUGUUUCUUUUUCUUCACCAUCACCCUGACCCUACCCCCACCUUCACCCGCC